GCAGCAGCUCUGUCAAAUCACAACGGGGGUGACGCGCAAGCAGUGGACUUACAUAAAAAUCCUCCGAGGCACCUUUUUAACGUCUAAAAGUCACUUUAAUCGCGGUAAACCGGCGUGGAAGUACGUGAACGUUGGAAAUAUGAAAAGUUAUGAUAGUUUGUUAAUAUCUAACGGACGUUUUGAGUAGUUAAAGAAAACAAAAAGUCGUUUUUUGUUUUUUUUUUCCACAGCUCGGAGGCGCACGAGACCAGCCGAGGACGGGAGACGUUCAGGGGAUUUUACCGCCGCUUGUUUGGUGUUUUCAACAUUAUAUUGUUGUAGUUCUUAUAUCGAGGGAUGUGAGUCGUCUGGACCCGUUAACGUGUGCAUUAAAACCCGGGAUAAAGCCACUUUUUCUCCUACUUUGUUAGCUCUGACUUCACCAUGCUGGGGAACACGGCGCUCUACGCGGUGAAGAAACGGAAGAAGCCGGUCCAGAAAAUCCCUAAACCAUCACCUCCCGAUGGCGUCAAGUCCAACCCAUCCAAACGCCACCGAGACCGGCUGAACGGCGAGCUGGACAAGCUCACCGGCCUGCUGCCCUUCACAGAAGAGGUCAGGGCUCGGCUGGACAAGCUGUCCGUCCUUCGUCUCAGCGUCGGGUACCUGAAGGUCAAGAACUUCUUCAAUGCCACCAUCAAGAAAGGCAAGAAUGGCACCAGUUGGACCAGCGAGCGGAACCUGAUGUUCGGUGGAAAUCCGCUGACUCCGUCCUCCAACUCCUCCGUCACCUCGCCCUCCUCCAACCAGGUGACCUCCAUCGACGGCGUCAGCUUCUCCGAGGGAGACCUGCUGCUCCAGGCUCUGAACGGGUUUGUGUUGGUGGUGACGGCUGAAGGUUACGUCUUCUACACAUCCCCCACGAUCCAGGACUUCCUCGGCUUCCACCAGUCGGACGUCGUCCAUCAGAGCGUGUUCGAGUUGAUCCACACGGACGACCGAGCUCUGUUCAGACGGCAGCUUCACUUCGCCCUCAACACACAUAAGAACCAGCACGACGGCGGCACAGAGAGUCCCAGUGAGCAGAGCAGCAGCGAGGUCAACAGCAACUUGAUGACGUACGACCCGCAGGUCAUCCCCCCAGAAAACUCGUCCUUCCUGGAGAGAAACUUCUGCUGUCGUUUCCGCUGCUUGCUCGACAACUCCUCCGGCUUCCUGGCCCUGAACUUCCGCGGCCGCCUGAAGUUCCUCCACGGUCAGAACCGGCUGUCGGAGGACGGGACGUUGGUUCCGCCGCAGCUCGCUCUGUUCGCCAUCGCCAUGCCGCUGCAGCCGCCGUCCAUCCUGGAGAUCCGCACCAAGACGCUCAUCUUCCAGACAAAACACAAGCUGGACUUCACGCCCAUGGGCAUCGACGCCAGAGGGAAGGUGGUUCUGGGUUACAGUGAAGCAGAGCUCUGCACGAGAGGCACCGGCUACCACUUCAUCCACGCCGCAGACAUGAUGUACUGCGCCGACAACCACCUGAGAAUGAUGAAAACAGGAGACAGCGGUUUCACCGUCUUCAGGCUACUGGCCAAAACUGGGUCAUGGAUCUGGGUCCAGGCCAGCGCCAGACUGGUGUUUAAAGGAGGAAAACCAGACUUCAUCGUGGCCCGGCAGAGAGCUUUGACAAAUGAAGAAGGGGAAGAACAACUGCGUCUCCGUCGGCUACAGCUGCCGUUCAACUUCGCCACCGGAGAGGCGUUGCUGUACGAUCUGGCUCCGACCGUCGACGUCCCCGACUCGUGCUCCGCCCCGAAGCAGAGGAAGAUCGACAGUUUCUCCGUCAGCCGUGACUCCAUCCUGGGCUGCAUGCUGAGUCAGGACCAGUCCAUCUACUGUGAACACAACAACGCCAACGCCCUGAACUCCCUCAACGACGCCGCCUUCAAGGACACCCACGCUACGGUCAAUGUUCCCGGAGACAUCUGGCAAAACUCCUCACCCAAACCUGUUGUCGGAAGCCUGGUGAAGUCCGAGGCCACGGUGCAGGACAUGAUGGAGACCCUGCAGCAGAUCCUGGAGGAAAACGACCUCGCCAAUGCCCUGGACGUGGAACCCGAGGAGCUGAAGAGCUGGGAGACCACUCUGCUGAAGAUGAGCUCCAACAACUGCGAGGUGAGCGAAGACCUGAACGACAUUCUCAGCCAAGACAUCCUGUCAUACGUAGAAGAGCAGCUCCAGAAGGAGGGCGGGCUCAAAUUGCUGGAUAACCUGGAUGACGUACCAGCCUGCCUCUCCACAUUGGACCUCCAGAACCAGGGUCCUGACCAAGGUGUGGAGCAGAACUUUGGCUGGCCUCUGGAGCCUCCAAACCAGCUGAUACCCAACGGAGGGCCGAUGAUGGCUGGACAACAGAUUCCAGUUCCGGGGACGAUGAAACUGACCCACGCCGAUCUUCCUCAGCUGAACUCUACCGGUUUGAACGGUCCAACGCUUCAACAGAUCGCCUCACAGCAAACCCUCACCCCUUCUGUCGGUCUUCACGCUGAUCUGGGUACCACAGGCAACCUCGGCGCUCCAAUGACCUUCAACCCUUCGUUUUCGGACUCUUGCGCUCAGACACAGAAUCAACUGAGGACCUUACAAGUCACCGCCAAGGACAACAACCACGGAGUUUUCUCGCUCAGGCAGACUCCAAUCCAAACCAAUCAGCUUCACUCCAACCAAAUGCAGAACCACCAGCUGAGGACGCCCAACCUACCCAUCGGCCUCCAGGACCAAAGCGCUUCAAUACAGUUAAACCCUGUGUUCAACUUCCAGGGCAACCAGUGGAACGCCUCUGUCCCCAACUCAAACCAAGCCGACACCUUUGAAACGUACACCCAAAAUAUUUCAAACGCGCCCGGUUUCACGGCAGAUCCUUCCCCGUCUAGCUGCUUACAGAACCACUUUGCACUUCAGAAACAAAACAGUGAGAAUCAGAGACAGUCUUGGCCGCUGGAGCAGCAGCAGCAGCAGCAGCAGCAACAGCAGCUGAUCUCAAAUGGACACCAACAAAUGGGCGCCUGCAUCAACCAAAUGUCAGGAUUUCAAAGGAAUCCUCUUCCUGGGGUUGCCGCAACGCAGAACGCUGUCAACUGCACACCCAUGUUCAGGACUGCAGAGACUUCAAAUGUUCAGUUUCCUGUCCAGCAGGGCAUUGAACCGCCUCCUAUGGCACCUCCUAGCAGUUGUAUGUUCAGAAAUGCCGCCCCUCCUGUGCCCGUAAAUGGAGUGCACCUCAGUCAGGCGCCCUCCUGCCAGAGACUGAACCCCGCCAGCAACCAGAUCUCCUCCAAAUCCUCCUGUUUCUAUCAGGGUCUUCCCGGAGGUGGGGCAGUGCCAGGGAUGACCGCUAUCCCAAAUCCUGAUACGGCACAGUUGUCCUGCCAAAUGACCCCUGGUCUUGACCCAGACAGCCUGCUGGUGCAACCGCAGCAGUAUCUUAAUUUCAGUGAACAGACACAGAUCAACAGCCGUCCAGUCGUAGGGAACGGAGGUUUCCACUUCUCCUCGCUGUCCAACGGAAACGCAUACUACUCAGAGAACAAAUAGGAAUCAGCCGCUGUGACUCCUGGACGGCAGAGGAUCCCACGCUUGGACUGAAAGGGCAGUUAAAAGGAAACUUAAAAGACUCCUGUCUCUAAACAUGAAAGCGGAGUAGACUGAAGAACAGAAAAGUGCCCGAGAAGGACGAGGAGACAAACCAGGACGCCUUGUUACUCUCUUCUUCUUCUUCUUCUUCUUCUUUUUCUUAUUAGGAAACAGUGAUGAAAGCUUUAUGAGUUCAAGUCUUCGGUUCAGGAUGGCUGGAAGAGAAAUCACAACAGGAGGAAAGAGAAAGCUGGUCUGUUUUUUUUUUUUUUGUUUGUUUGUUUUCUCAAACCUGGACGUCAUUCAAAGAAAAAAAGUAUGAAUUCCUCCUCGGAGCUGGUUGGAUUAUACCAAAAAAAAAAAAAAACCCCAACAAAA